ACACACACACACACACACACACACGGACAGACAGAGCGUCCCUCGGCGAGCGGAGUGUGUGGCGCAAUGCUGCGGGGCGCGGAGCCGCUCGCGGACUGGAUGUCCCGUUUGCCCGAGGAGCUGUGGGACGUGGCGCUGAACCACCUCGCCAUCCCAGGAAGUCACGAUGCUAUGAGUUACUGCUUGGACGUCUCCUCUCCUUUGGUGAGAUCCGAGUCAAACGCCUUCAGGCUUCUGGACACGUUCUUCUACUUCCUGACGCGACCUGUCAUUUACAGGUGGGCCACCACACAGGAGAAUGACUUGGUGCAUCAGCUGGAUGCAGGUAUUCGAUACUUUGACCUCCGAAUCGCCCGCAGGCCACAUGACCCCUCUGACAACAUUUAUUUCAAACAUGUGAUUUACACAAGUUUCACUGUCCUGGAGACGCUGAAGGAGGUGGCCACCUGGCUCAAAGCGCAUCCCAAAGAGGUUGUCAUUUUAGCCUGUCGUCACUUUGAAGGGCUGAGCGACGAGCUUCACGAGACUUUCAUCCACUCCCUCAAGAUGGUCUUUGGGUCUAAACUGUGUCCCCGUAAUGAACGUCUCCUAACCUUGAGGAGUCUAUGGGCAUCUGGCUAUCAGGUCCUGCUGUCCUACGAUGACCAGGCAGCAGAGAAGCACCCAGAGUUAUGGCCACCCAUCCCGUACCUGUGGGCCAACCAGCGCUCAGCGGAACACCUGCUCCAGUACCUGGAGAGGCAGAAGAGGAUGGGGCGCCCAGAAGGCUUCUUCGUUUCGGGCCUGAACCUGACUGCGGAUCGCCUCUUCAUCACGCUGCACCCAGGGCAGUCGCUCCGGACCCUGACCAUGCAGAACGCACAGCAGCUGAUGGACUGGCUGCAAGACCAGCGGCCGGGACCCGACUCCACAAGCCUCAACAUCGUUGGUGGGGACUUUGUGGGCCUGGUGCACUUUUGUCCCCUCGUCAUUGCUCUCAACAAGAAGCUUGUGCAGCCCAGAACAGAGAAACACUAAGUAGAGGAGGUUACACAUUCCAUUUACUACCUUUUCUACCUACCUGAACUGCACAAAUGGAGGGAACG